UACAAAUCUAUUACAUUUAUUGAGAAUAUAAGCAUGGAGGAGGAAAAGUAUAGUUAUGAUAAAAUUAAAGACAUUGCUGAUUAUAUCCAGUCAAGGACAAGCCAGAGACCUAAACUAGGUAUAAUCUGCGGGUCAGGUUUGGGAGGACUAGCAGAUCUCCUGACUGACACUCAAGAGAUGGACUACACUUCAAUCCCGGGCUUCCCUGUCACUACAGUGAAAGGACACGGCGGAAAGCUGGUAUUCGGAAAGUUAGAGACUGUAGAAUGUGUUUGUAUGAAGGGAAGAUUCCAUUUUUAUGAGGGCUACCCCAUUUGGAAGUGUGCAGCUCCAGUCCAAGUAAUGAAACUGCUGGGUGUGAAGGGUCUGAUAGUUACUAACGCUGCUGGGGGCAUCAACUCUGCUAAACUGAAUCUUGGAGAUCUGAUGCUGAUCACGGACCAUAUUAAUCUGGUGGGAGUUACUGGAAAUAACCCGCUGAGGGGUGCUAAUGAUGAAAGGUUCGGACCAAGGUUCCCAGCUACUAAUGCAGUUUACAGCAAGGAUCUCCAAGAGGUCUUUAGAAAAGCAGCUGACGAUCAAGGUCUAUUGUCAGUGGUUAAGGAAGGAACCUACCUCAUGGCAUCCGGGCCUACGUACGAGUCUCCAGCCGAAUUGAAGUGGUUCAAAAUGAUUGGAGCGGACGCAGUAGGAAUGUCCACUGUCCCGGAGACGGUGGUAGCGUCCUACUGUGGGAUGGUUGUGUUGGGGAUUAGUCUCAUUACCAACAUCUGUAUUGUGGACAUAGAGUCUACGGAUACACCAAAUCAUGCCGAGGUAUUGGAGACAGCAAACAUGCGCGCUAAAGAUCUGCUGAACAUAGUGAGACUGACUGUAAGAUGGGGACAACAUCUCUGGAACAUUGAGGACAAGUAAACUCAUCGUAUCUACUCCACGAUAUAUUCUGGGACAAUCCUAACAGCAUUCACUGCAUUAUUCAUGAGUUAUUACUUUAUACUGAGAAUUUUCGGUUAUUUUAAGUUUAAUAAGUGAUCCAAGAUAGGGGGGGGGAGGGGGCAGGGCAACCAUAUUAAAGUAUAUUAAAGUAUAUCCCCGUUAAUAUGGCUGCCCCCCCCCCCCCCCCCCCCCCCCAAUAAGUGAUCCAAGAUAUUCAAUAUAACAGAAAUAACGGCAUAUAAUAAUUUAAGAAUUUAGUACUUAUAGCAACUAAACGUUAGAAACCUUGUAUGUGACUGCCACCCUAAUUAGUGUACAUAAUUAGUUGACAUAAUUAGUUUACUUAAUUAGUUUACUUAAUUAGUUUACUUAAUUAGUGUAUAUUAUAUUUGUGUUAAACUAAUUUGAUUUGUAACUCUGCCUGACUCCAACCUAAUAUGAUCUACGAUUUCAUGAUUAAUAGGGCGCAAUUGUCGUAUCUGAUUAAGCAGUUUUUAUUGGUUUUGCAAUACUCUGCAGAUAUUUGAUGGUGUAUUUAAUUGAAUAACUAAGUAAUUUUUGGGGCACUUUGAUCUGAAUCUGAAUCUUUAAUUUUAUUAUACGGUGAUCAUGUAUGUUAUAGUCCGAAAAAUGUAUUAUAAAAACUU